GAAAGAGCGGCAAAAUGUAAGGGGAGCUCCGUAAUCUCUUUCCAUCCUACAGCGCGGCUCUAUGGCUCCUUCACCCAGCAAGAGGAAGGAACGCUCAGAAGACAGGGCAAAAGAAAGAGGCAAAGAGAAAGCUCCAGGGAAAGAAGCGACAGAUAAAGAUCGCGGGCGAGAUAAAGCAAAGAAGAGGCGCAGCGGCUCUAGUGGCAGUAGCAGCAGCAGCCAUUCCCGCUCUAGUUCAUCCUCCAGCUCCUCGUCGGGUUCCAGUUCCGGAUCUAGCUCUGGUUCCAGUUCAUCAGCUUCCAGCCGUUCAGGAAGUUCCAGUUCCUCUCGCAGCUCUAGUUCCAGCAGCUCCUCUGGUUCUCCAAGUCCAUCUCGCCGCCGCCAUGAUAACAGGAGGCGCUCUCGUUCCAAAUCCAAACAGCCAAAACGUGACGAAAAAGAGAGAAAACGGAGGAGCCCAAGUCCUCGACCCACAAAAGUUCACAUAGGGAGGCUGACAAGGAAUGUAACUAAGGACCAUAUUCUAGAGAUCUUCUCCACAUAUGGCAAAAUAAAGAUGAUAGAUAUGCCUGUUGAUCGCUACCACCCACACCUGUCCAAGGGCUAUGCCUAUGUUGAGUUCGAAGCUCCUGAAGAAGCUGAGAAAGCCUUAAAACACAUGGACGGAGGACAGAUUGACGGUCAAGAGAUCACCGCUUCAGCUGUUCUGACGCCGUGGCCUAUGCGGCCAAUGCCCAGAAGGUUCAGCCCCCCACGACGGAUGUUGCCGCCUCCCCCAAUGUGGCGGCGCUCUCCACCUCGUAUGAGGAGAAGGUCUCGUUCACCUCGGAGACGCUCCCCAGUAAGACGCCGUUCACGGUCACCUGCUCGUCGCCGCCAUCGCAGCCGUUCCAGUUCAAACUCAUCGCGAUGAACCUGACGUCCCUUUGUGCACCUUCCCUCCCACAUGCAUCGAAUUCUCAUACCAUUGAUCCUUCUCGGCACAGUUGGCCGAGAGGUUUUUUUUUUUUAUUUUUUAGAAACUGUUUCUUGAAGAUUUCAGCCUAAGGCGUAAAAAAAAAAAAAAAAAAAAAGAGGGUAACAAGUUGAAGUAGGCAUUGGCUGCCAGGGGACCUCCCAGAAUUCCACUGUUUUUAGCAUGCUAGCAGCCAAGAACAUCUAGAGGCGUGAAAUGCGUUAUCUCUAGCGUGGAACUGAACCUAUUUGGCUGCUCGUCUCAAUUGGUUUGUUUUAAAGCAGAGUAUUAGGAUCAGCAAUAAAUACUGUCUAGCCUCAUAGUCUACCUGAUCAUCAUGCAGAUUUAAUCUGUUGGCUGCAACUCUGAUGGUUCCAGAAUUCAUCGGUGUUUCCUUGUAAUAAGAGAGACAUGAUUUUUUUUUCUUUCCACUACCUUUGAAGUCUAAUGGCAAAGUGGAUUGGGGUAUUUUUACCAGUUACAUUUGUUUUGGAGUUUUAUGUGAAUAGGAACCCACUUGUCCCAAGUCGCUGCCUAAUGUGAUUCUGUGGAUUUUCCACACUCGUAUUUCCAUAACCAGCAAUGUACAGGAAGUAGGGAUGCACCGAAUCCACUAUUUUAGAUUCAGCUGAAUCCUUUGGGAGAGAUUCUGCCGAAUCCUAAUUUGCAUAUGCAAAUUAGGAGUGGGAAGGGGAAAACAUUUUGUGACAGUCAGUCGUCCCCCAUAAUUUGCAUAUGCAAAUUGGGAUUUGGUUAGGCCAGGCAGAAGGAUUCGGCCGAAUCCUGGAUUCCGUGCAUCCCUAAUAGGAAGGGAGUGACUAGAGAAGAUUCUGUACUGCAUUUUUAAAUAGGGAGGUCAAAACACCCUGUAAAGCUCAUGUGAUGUUUGGUUUUUAUUUAACAAUAAAAAAAAAAUCCUAAAAGAUACUGGUUUUUCUUUCUUAUUUUUUAGAAACGGCUGUUUUUAUUCAAGUGACUCCCAAACCUGACCUUGGCUUCAUGAAUAGUUUCUGUUGUGACUGGUUAUGGCCUAAUGGCUGAUCCUACAACCUUGGCUGCUCUGAGCUAACAAAAAAAAAAAUCAUAUUUUUUUCAGCUGUUGGGGAAACAUAGCUCACUGUAUAUCUGGGAGUUGUAACUUUGCAGAUAUUGGAGCUUCCUGCAUUUGUCAUUUACUGUCUAAUUGCGGUGGAGUUCAGUGCUCUGUAAACGUUCUUAUAAACGGGGGUGGGAAAUGUAACUUGUACAGUUGAUUUUCUGCUGUUUUUUUUAUGUGUGUUUUAUAAUACCUGUUCCAUGUCUGUAGAAUAAAAUACGGAAUAAAUGGAAA